GAGGGAUGGGGCCGGAUGGGGCGGGGAGGAAGGCUCAGUGGGUCCGGGGUGAUGGAGGUGGCGCAGGCACCCUGGUCGGAGGCUGUAGGGGUCCCAUCCCUGUGGGACCUUGCAACUCCCCAGGGUCGCGGUUUCCGGCCAGGCCCGCGGCCCCCACCCUCCCGGCAGGAGGAGGCGGGAGGCGGGGAUGUGGCUAUGCCCGCCGCCGCCGCCGCCGCCGCCGUGAGUCAGGCUCUGGGCUGCAGCCGCGCGGCCGGUCUAGCGCUGCGGAGGGAGCGCAGGCGGCGGGGGAGGCAGCGGCGCCGCCGCCGAGCCCCGCGCGCUCCCCACCCCCUCAAGGUUGGGCCGCUGGGACGCGGAUCAGUGGACAGACAGCGGCCCGCGGGACGGCGGAAGGAGGCGCGCACCGAGGCUCAGGGGGUCCGGCCGCGCGCCGAGGAGUCGCUUGUAGGUGAGGAGGCGCCGUCCGGGCGGCUGCGGCAGACCCGGGUCGGGCUGGGGGCCGCAGAGCCUCGGCCGCAGACCCCCCGGCGCGCGCCGCACGGGAGCUGGGCACGCGGGGUGGCGCAGAGCGCGAGCGACUUGGUGCCUCGUUGGAGAAGUGUUCGUUUCGCAGCCUGUCAUUGCCCAGGGCCCCGGCCAGUGCCCAGCCCCGCUGGGAGCCCCGGCCAGCACCACGGACGGCGCCCAGGAAGCCCGAGUCCCCCUGGACGGGGCCUUCUGGAUCCCGAGGCCCCCGGCAGGUUCACCCAAGGGCUGCUUCGCUUGCGUGUCCAAGCCCCCUGCCCUGCAGGCUCCAGCGGCCCCUGCCCCUGAGCCCUCGGCCUCUCCCCCGAUGGCGCCCACACUGUUCCCCAUGGAGUCCAAGAGCAGCAAGACCGACAGCGUGCGGGCUGCCGGCGCGCCCCCCGCCUGCAAGCACCUAGCCGAGAAGAAGACGAUGACCAACCCCACGACCGUCAUCGAGGUCUACCCGGACACCACCGAGGUGAACGACUAUUAUCUGUGGUCCAUCUUCAACUUCGUCUACCUCAACUUCUGCUGCCUGGGCUUCAUCGCCUUGGCCUAUUCCCUCAAAGUGCGAGACAAGAAGCUUCUCAAUGACCUGAAUGGAGCCGUGGAGGAUGCAAAGACGGCCCGGCUGUUCAACAUCACCAGUUCUGCCCUGGCAGCCUCCUGCAUCAUCCUCGUCUUCAUCUUCCUGCGGUACCCCCUCACCGACUACUAAGGCCCACCAGGCACGGCUGCUGGCGGAGACAAGCACUGAGACAUGUUUAUUCUCAUGGUCCCUGAAACGCAGGAUCCCAUGAGGUUGCGGCAGGGCAGGGCUUCUUGUCCUGGGGCCCCCUUGAGCUGUGAACUGGGCAGCAAGGCCAUCAGAAGCUGAGUACAGCAAGGGGGCAGUGAGCUUGGCCCUCAGCCCACCCCCUCCGCCUCCUGGCCUCCGCCCUGCCUGUGUCUGGGGCCUGGGGGUUUCUCCCCUUGCUGCUGCACCCUGGCUUCCAGUGUCUGUGUCCCUGCCCUCACGUGCCCCUUCCCAGGCUCCUGGGGCCCCUUGGACCUGACACCUAGCAGGAAGGGCUUAUGCAAAAUUGUCCCAGGAUGAGAGGACUCACUCUAUGCUCCCUGACCCUGCCUCCUCCAUGCUGUGACCCCGCUCAGAGGCCUUGUGUCUGUGAACUUUCAAUGAAAUACCCAAGCAGCUCUA